AUGAAGGUCCAACUGUCGCUUGCGUCAGUUCUCGUGGCUACACUGUUGCAUACCUGCACCUCUAUCAGUGUCGAAAUAAUUGCAGGAUCAACACGGGCACCCCUCACUCCUUCUCCCACGGAAAUCAAAGUUACCCCUGAUCCAACAAUCAAGCCCACAGAAGCGCCACGUACAGGCGAACCCACUCCUGAACCCACGACCAAGAAUCCUACGCAAAGCCCAACUAUCGCAACACCGAAUCCCACUCGACUAGCAACUCCAUUACCUACGACAGAAGAGCCAACAUUGUCCCCCACGAAAAGCCCAACGUUGAUCACCACAACUAAUCCACCAUCAGCCCAACAGACAGCGCAGACGACGCAGGAACCAACGAAACAACCUACUGCUGGAGACAGGCCUCCCUCGGUAUCAACGCCUCCAGUAUCAUUGUCGCCAACUCAGUUGUCCACGUUGUCCACUACAGGACCAUCUACCGAGGAAGAUGCUACUCUAUCCCCUUCUGAAUCAGCUUUCACUCAAAGUCCGUCUGGGUCGAACAGUGAAGCUGGCACGACCUCUACGGAAAGCCCAACAAUGGCUCCAACGGGUGUAGUCACAAAGAUCCGGCUGCCAGCAUUCCCUCACAGACCCCCACAAGAGCAGUGA